GAUUUCGUUGUUGCUAUGACAAUUCCUUUCUCUUCAGGAAUUUCCACUUUUUCUGCCAGUAGGCCGUUGUUUGGAUGCUUCCAUCAAGGUGAAAAUUUUCAUUUGGAACUUGGUCCCGAUUGGGUGAAAAAUUCUCGUGAUCCGUAAAAUUUUCGGUUUUCCAGCGUGUGCGAAUAAAAAAAAAUCCCUGACCAAUCAUGGCUUCGUUGGAACAGAAACGUGAAGCCUUCCGUAAGUACCUGGAAUCGGCCGGGGCCAUCGAUUGCCUCUCGAAGGCCCUGAUCAGGCUGUAUCAGGAGCAGGAGAAACCGGACGAUGCGUGCAAGUUCAUCCGGCAGACCAUGUGCGAGACGUGCCCAACGGACGAGGAAGUGGCCAACAUGAUUGUCGAACUGGCCGACGCUCGGCAGGAAAUUUGCUGUCUCAAGAGGGAAAUCGUGUCGUACAAGGGAGAACUGCGCCGAUCGGCCAGCGAAGUGGCCCUAGCCCUCGAGGAAGGUUUCAAGAAGUUGCAGGAGGAUGAAGAGUGCACGUCGCUGCUGAAGAAGCAUCUCACACAGGAAGUAUUCGAUGAACUCAAAGAGAAGAAAACGGCUCUCAAAUCGACCCUACUGGAUUGCAUCCAGUCCGGACUGGAGAACCACGAUUCCGGGGUGGGAAUCUACGCGUCGGACGCGGAAUGUUACGAAUUGUUUGCUCCACUGUUUAAUCCAAUCAUUGACGAGUAUCACGGAAUCAAUCUGGCGGAAGCACCGCAUCCGGCGAGUGAUUGGGGCGAUGCCAGCACCUUCGAGAACCUAGAUCCGGAGAAUGAGUUCAUCAUUUCCACCCGGGUGCGCUGUGGUCGGUCAAUUGAAGGUUUCCCCUUCAAUCCGCGACUCAAGAUGGCCAUGUAUGAGGAGAUAAUGGACCGCAUCAAGACAGUGCUGACGGGCCUCGAGGAGGAUGAUUUGAAGGGCGAGUUCCACCCACUGGAAACCAUGUCGGACGAAUUGAAGCAACAGUUGAUUGACGAUCACUAUCUGUUCAAGGAGGGCGAUCGGUUUCUGCAGGCGGCCGAAGCGUGUCGAUUCUGGCCGAUUGGCCGGGCCAUUUACUACAACGAGGCGAAAAGCUUUGUCGUCUGGGUGAACGAGGAGGACCACUUGCGGAUCAUCUCCAUGGAGAAGGGUGGCGAUUUGGGUGCCAUCUACCAACGCUUGGUCCGUGCAGUGGAAGCCAUCGGUAAAGACGUCGCCUUCUCGCGUAACGACCAAUUCGGCUUUCUGACCUUCUGCCCAUCCAAUUUGGGAACAACUAUCCGGGCAUCGGUCCACAUCAAGCUGCCGAACCUUGGUUCGAAUCGAGCCAAGCUGGAGGAAGAAGCAGGAAAAUUCAACCUUCAGGUACGUGGAACUCGCGGAGAGCAUACCGACUCGGAAGGAGGCGUCUUCGAUAUCUCCAACAAACGCCGUCUGGGUUUGACCGAGUUUGAUGCAGUAAGUGAAAUGUACAACGGUAUUAAACAGCUGAUAGAUUUGGAAAAGUCUACCGAACCUGGUGAAGCCCCGCCAGCUGAAGAUGCAGCCCCUGCGGAAGGCGAAGACGAAGAACCAACCGCCGAGUAAAGGGUGAAACUCGAAUAACUUUUUAGCAAAUACAAUCCAAAGCUUAUGUGCAUAUCAA